UUCACAUCAUCACAUCCGGUACCAGCUGAUGGAGCUGGAAGUUGUCAUAUUGGCUGGUGAGCAUGCCGAUGUGAGCAUGUCAGAUGAACACAGCUAUGGCUCGGACUCUGUUUGGCGGUGCUUUAUCAGCUGUUAUUCCCCUAAAUGCCAAGGAUAUUAGUGAACUGAGGCAGAUUCCUGAUAAUCAAGAAGUGUUCGCUCACUCUCAGACAGAUCAGAGUAUCAUCAUUGAACUGCUGGAGUACCAAAGCCAAGUGCAGGAUGCUGAAGCGGCCAGAUAUCACUUUGAGGACGUGGCUGCCAGUAAUAAGGCAGUAGAGAACGGCUCCUGGGAGGUCAGAGGGCUAGAGCAGCUCUCCCAAUCAGAGCUGUCAAUGCAGGAAUGCAGCUCUGCCUGGCUGCUGUCUGGAGCUCAGCUGGUCUCUAAAUUCAAUGAGGAGGCCAAGAACACUGUGAACAUUCACCUGUGCUUGUUCCGCUUGCCACAGUACACUACUGACAUCUUAGUGACAUUCAACGAUCCUGUUUGCAUCAAUCCCCUCAGCAGCAGUGCCGUUGGAAAUGUGGCAGCUACACCAUGGACACUACAGGACUUCCAGGGUGUUCUGCAGUCCUUCUGUCUACUUGACCCUGGAGUGUUCGGGUAGAUUCUUCAUGCAUUUAAUCACAAGUCUAAAAAAUUAAAAUUAUGACUGAAAGAGAAAAAAAAAUGUAUUUUUUUUAAAUGGAAAUAUUUCCCUUGUAGUGCAAGGUUUAACAUUUGUCUAUUUUAUAGAUGAGGCUGUGCAAAUAAGUUGAGAAUCUUGAAUUAUUAAAAAGUAAAAAUAAAUGCAAUUCUUGGUAAGAAAUACAGCAUGUUGAA